UCCUCGUCCUCCCCUGUUUCAGUUCAUCAGUUCAUGGAAGGGGAAGAAGAAUGCGACACCAGGCUUGCCCUCGGAAUUGGCACCAGAAUUAACCCUACUGCCACGCUUCAUUUCGAUGCUCUGUUUCCGGUUCAGUUAAAGGAAGAAGAUGACGAAGAAGAAGUCGUCGUCAGUACUGGAAAAGCAGCCAGCGACUGCAGCAGCGAGAGGAAGAAGAAGAAGCUCAAGCUCACGACGGAGCAAGUCCUGCUGCUCGAGGAAAGCUUCGGCGAGCGCAGCACUCUCGAUACGGAACAAAAGCAGGAUCUGGCCGAGCGGCUCUGCAUCCGGCCGCGGCAAGUGGAGGUGUGGUUCCAGAACAGGCGAGCGAGGACGAAGACGAGGCAGAUGGAGGCGCAGCACGAGCACCUGAAGCGGCGCUGCGAGAGGCUGGACGAGGAGAACCGGAGGCUGAAGAAGGAGCUGGUGCAGCUGGUGAAGGCGACGGCGAUGACCGCGCCGGUGCUCUGCCCUUCCUGUGAGAGGACGGCCGGCGCCGGGAUUCGCCACCGGCGAACGUAACUGAUCACGAUCGUGUAAAUUAUACAAUAUUAUACAAGAUUAUUUUUUUGUUCGAAUUCUUCAUCAGAAGUGCAUGAGCAAUAAAAUCACGGCGUUGAUCGGUUGAAUUUC